CCAUGAGAGGAUUCUUCAAGGCUGAGUCAAUAAAGAGGGUUCAAACUCUGACUCGCGCAGGGCUUGAGUGGGGUCAUCGCAACAUUCUUCUCUACACAUGCAUUGUCUCAGUGAGAAACUGGAUUGGAAACUACUACUACUUUUCCGAGGCUACUACACGCAUCCGAGCUCUGGUUUGCAGCCAUAGCUUCAUGAACCACGCGUUAGUGAAUAUCUUGAUAACUUACCUCACGGAUAAUUGGAGUACUACACAUUUUGAAAUGGCUGCCCUCGUUACAAAUGUCCAAGAAGGGGUAUCGGGCAUCAUGGUGAUUGUUCUUGCACAUAUUUCAGGCACGCACAUGGCUCGUUUUAAAAUGAUUGCUUCCACAAAUGCUGCUUAUUUUCUUGGACUGCUUCUAUUGUGGAUUUGUUCUCAGUUUAUGAGCACACAUAUUGAGGCUAAGGUAUACUAUGGAGCAGCGCCACUGAUAGUAUUAGGGGAAGCUGGUAGAUCGGCUACCUUGCAGGAAUUUCUUGAGGAUCAAUAUUUUAGUGAACAGAAAGAAAGAACGUCCACAGAAGAAAAUUAUUUAAAACGACUGGAAACUCGUAAAGAAGCUUUGUGGCGCCAUCCCUGGUUUUUAGGUGCAUUGUUAGCUGUUUUACUUCCAACUGGGUCCUGGACAAUUACGUUCAUGAUUUCAGCAAUUUUAGUGGGAGUCACUAGUUUCGUGUUCUUGUAUGGCUACUCCUGUUACUUCGUAAGCAGAAGAAUUGACGAAUCUACUUGGAAAGCUCGUCAGGACUAUCUUCAAAUAGAACAAGAACAAAGAGGAGGAGGAGAGGUUUGCAUAGUCACAAGAGGGACCUCGUCCUCCUCGUAUUCACCAGAAGAAGCACAAAGAAAAAA